UCUGAAAUGAUAACUUCCGGAAAGAAACCCAUCAAAGGGAAAACACGUAGAUUUCCAUGAUUUGCUUAUUUUUCUAGAACAAUGAAGUGGUUUGAGGGAGCUAUUCCUGAAGCUAUCCAAGCAGCAAAAGUUAAAAACAGUAUUUUUAUUGUCUACAUUGCAGGUGAAGAUGACUUGUCCAAACAGAUGAAUGCAACAUGGGAAGAUGCACAAGUUAGCGAAUUGUGUGAAGAAGAAGGUUGUGUUGCUGUCAAGAUCAAAGCCAACAGUGAUGAGUGUGGCUUUUUCUCCCAGAUAUACCCUGUUGUAGUUGUUCCAUCAACAUUUUUCAUUGGUGCUAAUGGUGUUCCGCUGGAGGUCACGGGGGGUUACCUGGGAGGAACAGAGUUCUUGGACAAGGUCAAGUCAGUCGUACAGACACAUCUUGUCAAGUGUCCACCAACUCAGACAACACCAACUCAAGUCCCUAAAUCAGAACCCAGCCGGUCAGAGCCUGCAGCAGCAGCAGCUUCAGCAGCACAGGUGACAGAGCCUGCAGCAGCGUCGACCUCUGUGUCCAGGGAGGGGGAUGACGUUGCUGAGACUCAGGCCAAGAUUCCAAAGCUCGACCAUGACAGUAAAGUGGAUAAAGCCAAGCAGGUAAUUGAGCAGAAAAGGUUGGAGAAGAGAAAGCAAGAGGAAGAGGAGGUCAAGAGGAAGGAGAUGGAGCGGAUCAAGUUGGGGCAGGAGGUGCAGAAGUUGAAACAGUUCCAGCAGGACCGGGAGCUGAAGGAAACAGCCCAACAACUGAAGAAGGACAGGGAGGACGACAAGAAGGCUCGGGAGCGGAUUAAGGAGCAGAUCGCCAGAGACAGGGCGGAGAGAGCAGCACGCUUCAACAAGGAGAAAGCAGAUAGGGAGAAGACCCAAGAGGAGGCAAAACGAGCCAAGCUCAUGGCCCAGCAACAAGCUGCAGCAAAGGCGGAGGCUGAGAGGAGUGAGACCGCAAGAAUACAGUUCCGGUUACCUGACGGUUCGUCUGUCACCCAGCAGUUCCCGUCUCGAAACACCCUGCAAGAAGCCUACAACUUUGUGUCACAACAUGUUGGAGGUGAAGUUACCCUUUCAACUACGUUUCCUAGACGGACAUUCUCCGAUGCAGACAUGUCGCUGACAUUUGCCGAUCUGCAGCUGGCUCCUUCGUCCGUCGUUAUGGUUAUUCCAGGCACCAAGUCUGUGGCGCGGCCAAGCGGAGGAGGGGGAGGCGCUGUCUCAAGCGGUGGCAUACUACAGAUGAUCCUCGCCCCUUUCCUAUUCCUGUUGAACAUCUUGCGGUCCUUCUUCUCAUCAUCAUCCCCCUCCACACCCCCUCCGAGCACCUCCACCCAGAGAGACAGAGCUGCAGGGGGUGACAGAAGAACAGGAGCGUAUCCAAGGCGGGGAGCAGGUGGCGGAACAGCCAGUGGAGGCGUGAGUCGUAACGAGGGUAAAGUUCACCGCUUCAGGAACGCCGAUGAUGAUGACGACGACAGAGCAACCUAUAACGGGAACUCUACACAGCAGAUGUAGACUGUGAUACUACUCCCCUGUGUGCUGGACCCUGUUUAUCGCUGCACAACAAGCUGUGUGAUUGUGAAUUGACAUAUUGCUGCCCUUGAUGCUGUUCACCCGAAAACUGUCGCACACCUACAGGACACAUCUCUCAUCAUGUGUAUAGAAUGUGAUUCUAGGUGCAUAGGAAGGCUGGAGAAAUAUAUGUGGAUUUUUAAAGAUUUCUAUUUCUGUUCUCUGUAAAUGCUCGUACAGAGGAAUUUGUAAACAUUCAAUUAUAUACAUUUCUGGGUGUGAAAUAAGUUCCAUCAAUAAAUGAAGGCAAUCUCAUUGAAAUCAGAUCAGGAGGAAUUUGUAAACAUUCAAUUAUAUACAUUUCUGGGUGUGAAAUAAGUUUCAUCAAUAAGUGAAGGAAAUCUCAUUGAAAUCAGAUCAGGAGGAAUUUGUAAACAUUCAAUUAUAUGUAUACAUUUCUGGGUGUGAAAUAAGUUUCAUCAAUAAAUGAAGGCAAUCUCAUUGAAAUCAGAUCAGGAGGAAUUUGUAAACAUUCAAUUAUAUACAUUUCUGGGUGUGAAAUAAGUUUAAUCAAUAAGUGAAGGAAAUCUCAUUGAAAUCAGAUCAGGAGGAAUUUGUAAACAUUCAGUUAUAUACAUUUCUGGGUGUGAAAUAAGUUUCAUCAAUAAGUGAAGGAAAUCUCAUUGAAAUCAGAUCUAAUCUGAUUUCAAUGAGAUUGUAAAUGAAGGGUGUGUCUCUUUGCUUGUGGUACCUGAUUUCCUGAUCAAAAGCUUGUUGCGGAGGUGCUUCCCUUUUCUGUUACCGUGAUUACUGGCGGGAGGAGAGUCAAUGUCUCAAAGGAGACAGGGUUAUUGGUGAAACACCAAUGUAAGGUUCUUACUGAGUCAAGUGUCUGCAGCUUUGGUGAGGUAGUGGGAUUCUCAUUUAGUCAGCAGCUCUGUUAAUUUACUCUAGUGGUUUCUUGGAAUAUCAGGAUUGGUGAAACAUCAUCGUUUACCAUAUUAAAUAUGUACACAAUGAAUGUAGGGAUUUAUAGCCUCAUUCAGAGUCGGUAACAAGAGACUUUCAAAGUCCCCUGAACUACCCCCGGCAGUUGGGUAUUAAAACUGAUAUGAGCUGAUAGACAGAACUCAGUGGAACCUGAAUUCAGUUGAAAAUGUUCUUGUAUUACUGUGAAUUUUGAGCAUAGUUGGGAAUAGUUUAAUAAUGCUUCUUCUCGCUUACAAUGCUGAUGAUGUAACUUUUUCAAGCACAGGCUUACUCUCCCUAACAUUUGCACUACUAUGUGGCUUGCAUCCUUGUUAUUCUAUUAGGAAAUAGAUAUAAGAAUCUUUAUCUAAUGUAGUUUGUUUUAAAAUCCUUUACACUAUUAUGAAAUUUAAAAAGUAGUUGUGCCACAUAUUUUUGCCCUAGAUCAUUGCUAUUUAUGGAAAAAGUCAGUGGCAUUUUAAAGGUGACUGUUGUUUCAUCCUAACCUUCUCCUUGUUGCCUCUUGCAUUUCUACUAUUGUUGACUGUCAGAGGCGACAGUGUCACAUUGAUACUAUUGUCUUGAUCUUCUGUGACAUACACUGAACAAGAGAUUCUCCUUGUUGAUAUUUGUGAUGUUAAGGAUUGUAAAUAAUACUUCAUUGUUACUGGUCGUACGAAUAUUUCCUUGCUUGGUUUUGUUGCAUUGAUUAUGCCAUUUGACAUGUAAAAUGAUUUUGAACUGUCAUUUUAAAUUAUUACCUGAACUUUGAUGUAAAAAUUGUAAAAUAAAAUGUUGAAUAUUUUGAA